UUCCUGGGGGAAGGGGCUGGAACUGAUCCUGUCCGCUCUUUCUCCUCUUUCUUCCACUUGGUGUAUAUUUUUGAUUGAGCUGCCUGUGUACUCAUCCCCGGGCUCCGAGAUGGGAAUGUAUCUACAUCUGCUGUUUCUGCAGUACUAUUUUCUCUCGAGUUUCGUGUGCAACGCCGUGGCUUUCGUAGAGGAGCCCUCCGGAGGCAGGACGGACGGGUACUGCGGGCGGAUCCUCCGGGCGCAGACCCAGGGGACCCGGUGGGAUGGGCACCGGGAGUUCAGGCUCCGAGUGGAGGGGGACCCGGAAGCCUACCAGCCCGGACGCACCUACAGAGUGGUCCUGCUGGCGACCAGCCCGUCUUAUUUCCGAGGUUUCACCCUCAUCUCGCUGAAGGAGGGCCGGGAGGGCACCACAGACGAGGACUACACCGGCCAGUUCCAGAACAUCGAUGAGGAGGACACCCAGUUCAUGACCAACUGUGCUCCUGCAGUGACGGAGAGCACGCCUCGCAGACGCACCAGGAUCCAGGUCUUCUGGACAGCGCCACCUGCUGGCUCUGGCUGUGUUAUACUGAAGGCCAGCAUUGUCCAGAAGAGAAUCAUUUAUUUCCAGAAUGAAGGUUCUCUCACUAUCCGCCUGUGUGAGAAAGAGCGUCUUCCAGGCGAGGCCACAGAGUCUCCUGCUAUGGAGUGCUGCGCCUGUGGAACCGCCAAGUACAGACUCACCUUCUACGGGAACUGGUCAGAGAAAGUUCAUCCCAAAGACUAUCCCAGACGAGCCAACCACUGGUCUGCUCUGAUUGGUGCGUCUCACUCCAGAAGCUACGUGCUGUGGGAGUAUGGCGGCUACGCCAGCGAGGGCGUUCGCCAGGUCGCUGAGUUCGGCUCCCCCAUUAAGAUGGAGGAAGAGAUUCGACAGAAGGGAGAUGAAGUGCUGACUGUCAUUAAAACGAAGGCUCAGUGGCCCGCAUGGCAGCCGCUCAACCUACGAGCAGCUCCAUCAGCAGAGUUUUCUGUGGAUCGAACUCGUCACCUGAUGUCCUUCCUCACCAUGCUGGGUCCGAGCCCUGACUGGAAUGUGGGACUCUCAGGAGAGGACCUCUGUACCAAGGAGUGUGGCUGGGUCCAGAGGCUGGAGACAGAUCUCAUUCCCUGGGAUGCAGGCACCGACAAUGGUGUCACAUAUGAGUCACCAAACAAGCCCACCAUUCCUCAGGAGAAGAUUCGACCCUUGACCAGUCUGGACCACCCCCAGAGCCCUUUCUACGACCCUGAGGGAGGCGCAAUCCUCCCUGUAGCAAGGCUGCUGGUGGAACGCAUCGCUAGAAAGGGAGAGCAGUGUAAUGUGGUCCCAGAUACCAUAGAUGACAUCGUUGCUGAUAUUGGACAGGAGGAGAAGGAGGAAGAUGACACACCAGAGACGUGCAUCUACUCCGGCUGGUCUCCCUGGUCGGCGUGCAGCAGCACUUCCUGUGAGAAAGGCCGCCGGAUGAGGCAGAGGAUGCUGAAGGCCCAGCUGGACCUCAGCGUGGCAUGUCCCCACACUCAGGACUUCCAGCCCUGCAUGGGACCAGGAUGCAGUAUUGAGGAGCCGUCAACGUGCAUGAUGUCUGAGUGGAUCAGCUGGUCGGCCUGCAGCGUGUCCUGCGGGAUGGGCAUGAGGUCCAGAGAGCGAUAUGUCAAACAGUAUCCCGAGGACGGCUCGCUCUGCCAGCUCCAGACGGAGGAGACGGAGAAGUGUGUCGUCAACGAUGAAUGCUCACCCAGCAGCUGUGUGGUGACCGAGUGGACCGAGUGGGACCCCUGCAGCGUCACCUGUGGGUUGGGCAUGAGAAGACGUGAGCGCAUGGUGAAGAUGCCUCCGAUAGACGGAUCAAUGUGUAAGACCGAGGUGGCCGAGGUGGAGAAAUGCAUGAUGCCAGAAUGCCAUACCAUCCCCUGCAUGAUGUCGCCCUGGUCUGACUGGAGCGAGUGCAGUGUGACGUGUGGGCGGGGCUUACGAACACGCCAGAGGAUGCUGAAGUCUGACCCCGCCGGGUGCACCGAGGAGCUGGAACAGACUGAGAAGUGCAUGCUGCCCGAGUGCCCUGUGGACUGCAUGGUCUCUGAGUGGUCCGAGUGGUCCGAGUGCAACAAGUCCUGCGGUAAAGGACACACCAUCCGGACCCGUAUGAUCAAACUGGAGCCGCAGUUCGGGGGCAGCGCUUGUCCCGAGACCAUCCAGAGGAAGAAGUGCAAGAUCAGGAAGUGCCGGACGAAAACGAAGGAGGAGAGGGGAGGUGGAGGUGGAGGUGGGGGAGGGGGAAAGAGAAGGAGACGGGGUAAACAGGGAAGAGAUGCAGCAGUCGAGGAGCAGCCGGGUUGCAGGAUGCAGCCGUGGACCAGCUGGACGGACUGUACCAAGCCAUGCGGAGGGGGGAUCCAGGAACGUUUCAUGUCGGUGAAGAAAAGAGCUAAAGGCGCUCAGAUGGGCAGCUGUAAGGACCGCAAGGAGAUCCGUGCCUGUAACGUUCAUCCCUGCUAGGGGGCGCUGAGAAGCUACAGAGGAGCGCCAGGUUCAAUACAUGAGUUGUGAAAAUAUGGGUUUAUUUGACGAAGAUGAUGACGGAAAGUUUUUGUGUACAGGGAGGUGAGUGAGGGUGGCAUGAUGGGCUAGUUUGACACUUUGGAAACAGGAUGUGGAGGGGAAGUGAGGACAAAGGAGAAGAUGAUAAUGUGCUGUUUAGUCAAGCCAUUGUAGGCAUUUAGGGCUGACAUUUACUUUAGAAAUCAAUUGAAGUAUUAGAGAGUAAUGUCUGUGUCCUGCAAAAGAAAAAGAAAGAAAGUAGCUUUGCCAUUGAUACCCCUUUUCUUUCUCUAUCUAGGGUAUGAAUUAGGAUUGGCCUUAAGAUUCUUGAAUUUAAUUCUUUCCAAUAUCUGCUCCAAUUUUCUUUUUGAAAAAAUGGAAACCCAGGAUUUCUGCGUCUGCUCUGUACUCUACGGUCAUGGAAGAUUAUUAGUCCGCUGUUUUCUUCUAUUUCUUGUUUCCUGAUGGUAACAACAACAAUAGCUCAUAAGAGUUUAAUAUUAGAGCUGAUAUCUAGCCAUUUUCCAUGGUUUUCUUGAUAAUGAUUCUGGUUAUUACAAAGAGAACCAUUGAAAAUGUCUAGAUACCAGCUCUUAAAUUAAACUCUUAUGAGCUAUUUUUGUUGUUAUCAUGAUAUUUGUCCAAACAAAUGUACCUUUAGUUGUACCAGGCAUUAGAAUGAACAAGAAAAUGAAGAAAACUGACACAUAUUACUGAUAAUUAUAAUAUAUAUAUUACCACACAUUACUGAUAAUACCAUCCUAGUGUGGUAGGUGUACGACUCUUUAACUGAUUAGCUGUGUAGGAUGGAGGCUCCCAGAUGUGAACUGGUGUGUUUACACUGAUAUAAACCGCCCUGUGGUGGGUGAUUUACCAUAUACCCAGCUAACAUAGCAGUAUGAGCAUCUUGUAGAGCUGGACUGCGGGUACUUAUUUGGCAUUUAUGGCGCACAAGAGACUUUUGUUCCCUGACUCACACAGAACAUAAGCACGCCCAUAGAACAGCUGCAAGCUCGGGGAGAAGCACUUUCUCAAGGACAAAAAUAGAGAACAAAAGUUGCUUCCCUUGUUGACAUAACCCCCAGGAGCUACAUUUGAGUUUCAGGAUUCAGAAGCUUUAUUAAUACACAUAAGGUCUGUAGUGGAGUAGAAAUAGUGACAAGUUACUACUAUUAGUGCCAACAGUAACAAGCAGCAUAAUGCAUCACUAAUACAUUUCAGAAAUAUUAUUACAGUAACAACCCAAAAAAGCUACUUGUUCCAACCUUGCAUUUGUUGUCAAUGUUUUUUCCACUGUGACGAAUAAGACCUCUGACCUCCUGAAACACCAGAAGGUUUGUUACACAGAACCAUCUGAGAAGCCAUCAGACGCUGGGAGGUGAUUGGAUGAACCAUCUGUUAAUUACCGCUUUGAAUAUCACCUGUUGUCAUGACGAGUCGUCACACACCUGAACCACACCUGGAGCUGCCAGCAGCUCCUCACAGCGUUCUGAUCGGGCGACAACUGGCUUCCAGACACAAACACUUUACUUAAAGUCUGAGCAAGAUACAUUUUCUAUCUUGUGAUCCCACGAUUCUCGCAUCAUUAUUUUGCAAGCUGCAGUGCAAGGUAAACAGAAGACCUCAAGCUUUCAUAGAUUCACAGGCUGCAGAAAAAAAUGAUUAGUUUUAAACCUUGGCUGUGCUUAUCCUGAAUUUUGAGGAGAAAUUACGCAAUCACUACUCUUAUGAAACUAAAAUAAAGUUAAAUUACUUUUGAGAAAAAUAUCAGAAAAUUGAAACACUCAAAUAAAGCACCCACAAUAAAAACACUAGAGGUGUGAAUCCCCACGAUACGAUUUUAUCCUGAUACUUGAGUCACUAUACCAUAUUAUUGAGAUUUAUCAGCAUUUUGUGAUAUGAUGAGUAUUGCGAUACAAUAUAUUGCGGUUUUGUGUCCACAAAAUUAAAUUCAGUCAAGAGAAAAUUAAGAGAAAAGUCUCAGUUCUGAAUUGGGAGGCAGCCAUGUAUAGGUGCAUCUCAAUAAAUUAGAAUAUCAUGGAAAAAUCCAUUUCCAGGUCAAGUAGCCAAGUCAAAUAUAGAGUGCAUAUAGAUGGACAUACUUUUCAAAGGGCCAACAUUUCCUUAUUAAACAUCCUUUUUAAAAUUGGUCUUUUGUAAUAUUCAAAUUUUCAAUUUUAGGUCUUAAUUUAUUUAAUUUCUUCUAAUUAUAAUGAUUAUGGCUUACAUUUAAGGAAGACAUGAAAUGUUUCAUUCUGUGUGCAGUGGAUAUAUAUAUAUAUAAUGUGUUAUUCCACUUUUUGAAUGGAAUUACUGACAUAAAUAAACUCACAUGACCACUUUGGAAAAUCACCAUGAAACAUUAAAAAAAUACCAUUUGCAGCGUUAUUUCAACAAAUUCCCGUCAUGAUAUCCUGAUACAUCCCGCUAUGAAUAACUUUGAUGCGGCUGUUUAGUGUCGCGACAGAGUCAAAUACGAGUUCCAGUCAACUUGACGACAGAUAUCCUGACAGACAUGGUGCCUUUAGAUUCCUUAGAUCUAGUUUCAUAUGAUACCAGUAUCAUACCAGUAGUAUAUUCCUAAGUAGUAUAUUCCUAAAAGUGAGACCAUUGAAGCCUCCGGAAAAAAACAAAAACAAAAAAUACUGAUGCUAAUUAUCGAUACUUAUUAUCAAUACUAAUUGAUAUAAUAUCACCACGCAAAAUAUCGGGAUACUAUGCUGUAUGGAUUUUUUUCCCUCACCUCUAAAAACACCGACCAAGAUGACACUUCACAGCCGGUUUCUCCCUCCACAGAUAAAAAUAAAUAAAAAAUUGUUACUUCUAAGUUGAGUUUUUGGUCUAUUACCUCAUUAACUAUGACAUUACAGAAUAUUUUAUUGGAAAUCCAUGGAAGUAAUUCUUUUAAACCAUGGAGUAACUUUCAACUGUCGACAACUGAGAAAACGUGUAAACAAGAUGUUGGAUUACUUUUUUCUUUCUUUCUUUUUUGCAAGACAUAGAUACUGAUACAGGAAGUCUCUAAAAACGUAUGGAUGUACUGUAUAUCCACUAUCUAACCAACACUUAUAAAUGACACUACUAUGUAAGUACUAAAAACCACUUUCCCUAAUACACAGAUAUGUUGAAAUGGAGAUGUUUUAUACUGUUUAAAUUAGUCUUUAUAUACUGUACUGCUGUUUAUCUGUUGUUUCAGCUGAUGUAGCAUUAAACCUGCGAUAGCUCACACUCUGUCAGAAAAGCUUAAUUUAGCAUGUGCAUAGAUAAUUAUGAUUGGUUGGACAUUAUGCUUUCUCUGCCGUAGACGUUGUCUUAAAUCGGAUAGCUAAAUGACUGUAUCUGCCUUUGUUGGUUCCUGGAAACACUGAUUGGACGGAGACGAGUCUCACACACAUGCUGUGCUGCACUGGUGCAGAGUGGUUGUAUGGAAACAUUGCAGACGUCCCGACGAUACGAAACCUGUAGGACAGCUCAACAUGCAGGAAACUGUUACUGGGGCCUUGGUUACAACACACUUUAUUUUCAUAGAUUGUGUUUAUUGCGCUUUUCAUUGUGUUGCCAUGAUGAGAGUGAUCUGUAAAAUCUUUUUUUAUUAUUACUUAGCAGAAGUUUUUUUUUUCUGUUUUAAUAAGAAUGUCACCACCAAAGUUUUAUUUUCUGUAGAUGUUUCCUUGACUUUGUUGCCUUCUCUUUUCAGGCCUCUUCCUUUAUUUCUUUGCCUCUGUAUCACGUGACUAUUUUCUAAGAAACCACCUUUACAAUAAAAAUGUAAAUGUGAAAAUUA